GUACCCCCACAACACGAAACUGUCUUAAUUGCCUUGCAGUGAAUUUCGCCUCAGCAUCUACCUCAUCUGUUUGAAAUACAUUUUAUAAACUGAACAUUAUACGCCAAUAUUUGCUAAAGUGUUUCCAGACAGACUGUGUGUAUGCCGAUCACGUUGUGCGUAAUUUGGUGAUAGAAUCAUUGGACUAACGGUGAUUUCUUUUGGUGCCAUGUGUUAAAUGGAGACUUUAUAGGUAUCCGUGUAUAAACACUAGCUUCACCCUUAAGAUCGACUAAAGAAGGAGUGUCCUGUAACUGAAUUUUCCGUGGAGUGCAGUAAAGUAACCGCAAGGCCUAGGUUACGAUCAAUGCACUUUGGCCAAAGCCGUGUGUUUUUGCGUGUGUGCGUGUGUGUACGUUUGUGUGUGUGUGUGUGUGUGUGUGUGUAGUACUACAGGACUGUAUGCCACGCCUACACCGCCGGAUGCUUCCGCCGCACUGUAGAAGCAGCACAAAAGCUUUAUUGGUGAUAUUCAGGCCAGACAGCCAAAUAACCUGCAGGAAAACAGCGUAAUAGCCCUAUUAUAAACGCAGUCUGUUAUAGUACCCAGCAAUCCGCACUCUCAGUGGGACAAUGUCAGUAAGGAAAAAUUAUGCUGUGACCAAACCGAAUAGAAAGCUUGACUAUACCAAGGGCCUUUUUCCAGUUGUUGGGUUAUAUUCUCCAAUUUCAUCUCCACAUAAAUGAGGAUCAUCUGAAAUCUUUUCUCAGUUACAUCAGAAUAAAAGUUUCUUAUUCUUUAUGAUAGUGACAAAUGUACGUUUGAUCAACAUUGCUUGUUCUACAUGUUGUAAUGUAAGAUUGCUGGUUAUUAUUUGAAAUAGAAGUGCACUCCUAAGCCAGACUUCCAAAAAAAAAAAAAAAAAAAGGCAUCUCAGUAGUGUUAAAAUGCUAAGGUAAUCUUAAAAAAAAAUUAAAGUAGAUGCUACUAUUUCCUGUUAAGAGGUGGCUUUCAUAUAUAGGCUACAUUACAUUAUCAUGAAUAAAUCUAGAUAAAUAGCUACACUUUAAUCACGGUAUGACAAUUGAUACAUGUGUCAGUUUCAAAGCUUUACACUAUUCAAGCAGCCUGUUAGGUACAUUACCAACAGCAACAUAUAUUAAACUAAUAGUUGUGAUCAAUAAGGUUUUUUUUUGUGUUGAAAUCGAACAGUCUACUUGGAUCUAUUCGUGAGGCAUAUCUACCAACUCACGAAACCGACAUUUCAAAAUAAUUUGCUAAUAAAUUUCACUAUAUUUUAAACAUGACAAAUUAAACAGCUAAUUAAAUUUAUUUGAAAUGCGCUGCAGUAGAAGUACACACGCCUUCUGAGCCCGCAUUGUUGAAAGACUGCGGUCACUGGCUAGUAGAUCAUAUCUCAACUAUUCCAUGGCACUUAUUGCCGUAUAAAACUUACAUAUGGCUCACGUAAUGAUUGUCUUUAUUUCUUAAACAUGUCUGUAAUAUUUUAUGUCACCUUGUGCUACUAUAAACAUUACGUGUUGGCUACAUGCAACGUGUGAAGCCUGAAGAUAUCUUUUUCUUAUCGCAUGAGCACUAGCAGCCUGGGGUUAUUUUGACUUGGAAUUUUUUUGUUUUAUGUAGACGCAUUCCUUUUUUUUAUGAUAAUAAACCUUAAAUCUGUAUUUUCUUGUUACUGUAGAGUAAUGUUGAUACAUAAAUUAGGGCCGUGAUCGUUUAAAUCAGAUAGCUUAUAGAUUUAUUAUUAUAAAGAAAAAUAAACCCUAAUUGCACAAAUAAAACCAAAUUCCCGCUCAUAGAAGCACACAGCCCUGCCAUUAACAAUUUUACUGCAAAAUGGAGGCUAUGUGAAGCUCUGGUUUAGGCGACCCCUUUAUUGUUCUCUCCCAUGGUCACGUGUCCGUGUCAUCCAAUCCUGCCUCGGCCGCCGUUCAACUUAUCAAAGGUCUGUAGUUCACAGUGAAGUCGAGCGUUCCUAGAUUUGCAGAUUCCGCGCUUGUGUCUAUUCCGUGGUGAGGAGUGUACGCACGGUCGCGCCUGUGUGCGUCUUUUUUUUUUUUUGUUAUGUCGACCCUGGGCACUCUGGGUUACUACGCCGAAUCGCACAUUCCUCACGAUGACGAUGAUCAUUUGGCGCCGCGGUUCCCAGCUGCACCGGCGAUACAGAGCCAGGCUCGAGAGCCAUCUCUGUCUGAAUAUGGUGAACCCGACUCGUACCCUUUCCAAAGCAAGUCGGCUAUUUUUGGCGCGUCGUGGAGCCCCGUGCCCGUGCAGCCGCCGGGCGGUACAUCUAUCGCAUACCAUCCUUACAUACAUCAGCCGUGUCCGACAGCCGAGCCGGAUGGAGCUUCUGCGCGCGCCUGGGCGCUCGAGUCGCUUUCUGCGUCUGUGCCUUUCGCCGGAUUAUCCACAGAUGUGCAUCACGAUAUCAAGCUCGAGCCGCUGGUCGGGAGCGGUGAGUGCACCACGCUGGAUGCACGGACUCUAAUGGCUCCUGAUGCUCAAAACAACGCGAACCCUGCGGUGAAGGAGGCGGAUCUGAGCCAUGCGGAUGUGACAGAGCCAAGCGACGAGAAAACGUUAACGGAGAAUAAGCCGGAGCUGGACCCGAAUAACCCUGCGUCCAACUGGCUACACGCGAGGUCCACGAGAAAAAAACGCUGUCCAUACACUAAGCAUCAGACUCUCGAGCUGGAGAAGGAGUUUCUCUUUAAUAUGUACCUGUCUCGUGACCGUAGAUACGAAGUGGCAAGACUGCUAAAUCUCACCGAGAGACAAGUUAAAAUAUGGUUCCAAAAUCGUAGGAUGAAGAUGAAGAAAUGCAACAAAAAUCGCCCCAAAGACAUCUGAAGUUAAGGAAUACUGAUGAAUGCACACUGCAGUGGGUUGGACAGCUCUCUUUCCUGCGCACACCGGUUUUGUGUUAUGCCUCUACAACAACAGCAACAACAACAGAAAAAAAAAAAAUCUUUUGCACCAAUUUGUGGUGUGAGAAUGUGCCGGUGUAAUGAUUGCGUUUUUGUUACAAGGCUGUUUGUUAGUCCUCUUGUGUCGUGUUUGCUUGUUGUAGGUCCAAGUGUUUAUAAUAGUGUACAUUUUGAGCCUCUUUCUGAUUGGAGGAACCUUCCAUGUAGGCUACUGAUUUCAGGGACAUAUACUAAAUGCUCGAUAUAUUUAAUAUUGUUGAUUUGCAUGAGUGUCAGUUGCUUUUUAAAAUGCCAGAAUGACUUGUGUCCAGAUAUUUAAUGUUUAAUGUAAUGUUUAAUGUAACUACCUAGAUGUAUUUGAACUACCUAUUUGCAUUAUGAAAAAUAAGUGUUUUGUCAUUGAAACGUCGGUGAAUUUUGUAUCAUAAACAUGCUUGAAUUUUUUUGUGACUGGAAAAAAAAGCCUGUACACGUAAAUACCUCAAAUCAUCAGUUAGCUUAGCAAUUUUCAACUCAAAGUUCAUCUGUGCAGAUGACAAAUAAAGUUCAGAAAAUUUA